AUGCCUGACAAGAAGAAAUUUCAGCUACCCCUCCAAAGCAGGUAUGACAAAUUGCGCUACCGCUCAUCUACUAGCCCUCCUGUCUCUAGCAAUCAAGAAGAGAAUAUGACAAAGGAAAAAGAAGGAACGUCACCGGCUACGGUAGGAACUCGCAAUGUAUCUCCAAAAGAUCCGGAUGAACACAUGGAGAAAGUGAGUCAAGAAGACUUGAAUGCAAUAAUAAUAGCAGCUCGGUCAGAACAGCAGAACAAUGAGAACGACUUGAUGAAUAUCGAGAAGACGUCUGCACAGGUCUAGAGAUCGUCGUCAAUACUUUCCCCAAUGUUUGACAUACUCAAAAAAUCCCGAUCACCUAAACCAGAGAAUUAUAAGGGCGCAAUCGAAGAGCUGUGGAACAAAUUUCGCACUCAAGACGACAACCUUAGAGCGUUGAAUAAUACACUGGAUCAGCAAAUCGCGGAGAAAGAGGCCUUGCAAAAGAAGGUAGACGAGAAUAGUAGUAUGGCACAGGAGUCUAUAGCGAAGCUUCAAAACGAGCUGGAAAGUAAUAAUCAGCGAUUACAAGAAUCAGAGGCUUCUAAAGCAGUAGCAUCGCCGUCUCGAAAUGAAAUAUGGAGAAAAGAGAUCGCCAAUUUGAGAUUGAAAGUUUUAGAACUUGAGAAAAAGCUGAAAAAGGCCUAUCGCCAAUUGGAAGAAUCAAAGGCCACCAAAGUCGCAUCAUCUUCCUCUCAUGACGCUGCUAGGAGAGAAGAGAUCUCGAAUCUUAGGCCGAAAUCGGAAGUGCUCGAGGGGAAGCUGGGUGAAGCGCAAGAACAACUGAAAGAGAAAAGCCUCAAGCGGAAAAAAUAGCCAGUGAACAUGAGGAAGAGGUAGCAAAAUUACAAGAAGAGCGUGACAAUCUAGCCAUCGAUAAUACUUCAUUGGAGGCAAUUUUGGCGUCUGAGAAAAAGGAUAUGAUGGACCAAAUUAAAAGACUCAAACUGGAGCUUAUUGAAAGCAAAGGUAACUUUCGCUCCUGGCUACGGCUUCGACCUCCCCAGAACGACCUUCCCAGACAAGCUAUCACAAUCCGAGGAGAUCAGCAAGUUGAAGUUAUUGACCGAAACAGAAACAAAAAAUCGUACGACUUUGAUCGUGUUUUUGCCCCAGAAGCUGACAACACCACCGUGUUUCACGACCUGAGCGAGAUUUUAGAGUCUACACUUCAAGGCUACGACAUCACAGUUCUCGCAUAUGGACAGACCGGCUCUGGGAAAACAUAUACCAUGAGUGCGAUGCUCAAUAUGGCAUUGGAACAGAUAUUUAGAGAGUUGGAGAAAUCAUACGGGACCGACUUUAGCGUCAACGGCCGUUGUAUUGAAAUAUACAACGACAAAGUAUAUGAUCUCUUUGUAACAGCCCAGCCACUAAAAGCCUCAGGGUUAUGUACCAGUAUGUGGCCGACUUCCGACCGAUAUCUGUCAGCACAAACAGAUUCACUCAGCAAUUUUCAAGCGUUCCAAGAAAUGGUUGAAAAGGUUGAAAAGAAUCGUAGAUCCGGUCAAACAGAGAAGAACUAUUCGUCUUCACGUUCUCAUAUGUUAUUGUCUUUUCAAAUCACCGCCUCAAAGGAAGAAGCAUCUGGCGCCGUUACAACCACCCGCUCUUCAAUUACAUUUAUUGAUCUAGCCGGUUCAGAAUCCAUGAAAGAGGUCGAAGAUCGCACUGAGGAAACACAAGCGAUCAACAGCGAUCUCUCGGCAAUUAAAACUGUUCUCACGUCCAUGGGAAAAAAAGAAAAAUACAUUCCAUUCAAAAACAGACAGCUCACCAGACUACUUGAUGACCGGUCAAAUAAAGGAAAAGUGCUUUUUAUUCAAACCGCUAACAUUGCGGAGCUGGAGCAAUCUGUUCACACGAUGGAAAUUGGUGGUUUGGUCAGCAAGGUCACGCAGAAAAAGCCGGCGAAGAAUGUUGUGACAGAGUUCGCGGCUACGGGAGGUAGUGAGGAAGUGCCGCAGUCAAAACCUCUUACCGGGUGCAGUACAAGAGGAAGAGGAACGGAAAGAGGCGGAAGAGGAAUUACUUCCCGCCCUUCAACUGGCUCUCGGGGAACCAGUCGAGGUAGGACAGGCAAGUAA